GAGAUCCGUUAAACCUUGAAGGGAGAGGGAGAUCUGGGGUGUGGGUCAUUCAACAUUGAAAGGUCUUCGACUUGCCGAAGUGUUUCAGUUUCGCUCUAAAACUUUCUCUCCUUCUCCAUGGCGGACGGUGGGGCUGCCUCUCCAGCUCCACCUUCGGAAAACGUCGGGGAUUUUAUUUUGUCACUUUUGCAACAGAACACCAGACCUUCUCCGUCACAACAAGGUGGUCCUCCUCAGCAUCUCGAUCCGGCCAUUGCAGCCGUUGGUCCAACCGUGAAUCCCUUUCCUCCGUCGAUUUGGCAAUCAUCUAACGGUCGUGAUCAUCGACCCGGUACUCUUAACCCUUCUUGGCCUCACGCCGCCUUUUCACCUCCUCCUAAUCUUUCCCCCAAUUUGCUAGGGUUUCCUCAGUUUACGCCUAACCCUUUUCCUCUGAACCAAUUCGACGGCAACCAGAGACUAUCUCCGGAAGAUGCUUACAGAUUAGGGUUUCCUGCUACUGGAACUCACGCAAUUCAGUCCAUGGUACAGCAGCAGCAGCCACCGCCGCCGCCGCAGUCUGAUUACAGGAAGCUUGUUUUUGGCUCUUUCUCGGGGGAUGCUACUCAAAGCCUUAAUGGGUUACGUAAUGGGAACUUGAAGUAUGAUUCUAUUCACCAGGAACAGCUUAUGAGGAAUCCCCAAUCUGUUGUCUUGAAUUCUAACCCGGAGGAUCCAAACUUGUCUCAUCAUCGGAAUCACGAUCUCCAUGAACAAAGAGGAGGCCACAACGGAAGAGGAGGAAACUGGGGUCCUAUUGGGAAUAACGUCAGGGGUUUCAAGUCUACUCCUACUCCUCCUCCUCCUGGAUUUUCAAGUAACCAAAGAGGCUGGGAUAUGAAUUUAGGAAGUAAGGAUGAUGAUAGAGGGAUUGGUAGUUUCCAGAGGAAUCAUGAUCGAGCAAUGUGGGAGCAUUCUAAUUUAAAUGCUGAGGCUGAUAGAUUAAGGGGAUUAUCUCUUCAGAAUGAGAGCAAGUUCAAUCUUAGUCAACAAAUAGAUCAUCCUGGACCACCUAAGGGUACAAGUCUCCACUCUGUAUCAACAGCUGAUGCUGCAAAUUCCUUUUCGAUGUUGAACAAGGAAGCUCGUGGUGGAAGUGAACGUAAAGAUGAACUGGGGCAGCUCAGUAAGAUGAAGAGGGAAGGCAAUGAAAAAUCUGGCCCUGGUGAUGACGAGAUUGACGAUUUUGGAGAAGAUAUUGUUGACUCUUUAUUGCUUGAAGUUGAUACCGACGACAAGGACGCCAAAGAUGGGAAGAAGAAUAGCAAGACUUCUCGCGAGAAGGAAUCGAGAGUGGACAAUCGGGGUCGGUGGCUGCUUUCCCAAAGGUUAAGAGAGAGAAAAAUGUAUAUGGCAUGUCGAAAUGACAUCCACAGGUAUGACGCUCCUUUCAUGGCAGUGUACAAGUCCCUGAUUCCUGCAGAAGAGGAGCUGGAAAAGCAGAGACAACUAAUGGCACAGCUAGAGAAUUUAGUUGCCAAAGAAUGGCCUCAUGCAAAAUUGUAUCUUUACGGGUCAUGUGCUAACUCUUUUGGUUUUCCAAAGAGCGACAUUGAUGUUUGCCUUGCAAUCGAAGAUGAUGAUAUCAACAAAUCUGACAUGUUGUUAAAGCUGGCGGAUAUUUUGGAAUCAGAUAAUCUCCAAAAUGUGCAGGCACUAACAAGAGCUAGGGUUCCAAUAGUAAAACUUAUGGAUCCGGUUACCGGGAUAUCUUGUGAUAUCUGCAUCAACAAUGUGUUGGCUGUUGUAAACACAAAGCUCCUGCGAGAUUAUGCACGGAUAGAUGUGCGUUUAAGGCAGUUGGCGUUCAUUGUGAAACAUUGGGCAAAGUCGAGAAAGGUUAAUGAAACUUAUCAAGGAACACUCUCCAGCUAUGCGUACGUUCUGAUGUGUAUCCAUUUCUUGCAACUGCGUAGACCGCCAAUUCUUCCUUGCUUACAGGAAAUGAAGCCUACAUACUCAGUUCGGGUAGAUAAUAUCCGGUGUUCAUACUUUGAUGAUGUUGGUAGACUCGAUAACUUUGGAUCAAGUAACAGGGAGACAAUAGCUGAGCUGGUAUGGGGAUUCUUCAACUACUGGGCUUAUGCUCACGACUAUGCGAAUACUGUUGUGUCAGUCCGCACCGGAUCCAUACUUGGGAAACGAGAGAAGGACUGGACGAGAAGGGUGGGGAACGAUAGGCAUUUGAUAUGCAUAGAGGAUCCGUUUGAGACAAGCCAUGAUCUGGGCAGGGUCGUGGACAAGUUCAGUAUCAGAGUGUUGAGGGAAGAGUUCGAACGAGCUGCAGAGAUUAUGCAUCAAGAUCGUAACCCAUGUGCCAAGCUUUUCGAACCAUAUCUGCCUGAAGAUAAUAAUGGACAAGGCCACAAGUAAAACCUUAAAAACAUUGAAUCGGAUUCGGCUGGCUUUUAUGUAAAUAUUAAGGCUCUGUUUUUUUUUUGGCUUGGUUACACUAUUGUUGCUUUUAUAUGAUGGUGAUGGAUGCAUAAAACUUGCCUUUGUACU